CAAACUGUCGUGCAGGCGAGGGUGGGAGGUAUACGUGUUAAUAAAUCGUCGCUCGCAACAAGAAAUUAUGGACUGUUUAAAGUGUCAGCAAACUAUUCCAUAACUCAAAAGAGGAAUAGUAGAUAGAAGUUAAAGUGCUAUAGUGAAAAUAUGUAGCGUGCGAUUACUUUCCUCGUAAUAGAGAGACUAGGAGCAAGGCGGCGCGGUGUGAGUGAGUGUGUGUGUGUGUGUAGUUUCGCUGUGAAUCAACAAGUGUUGGCUGCCACUAGAGGGGAACGAACACGUUGCGACGCUUGGGACUGAACCACCACCAGGCAGUGAGGAGUGAUGUUGUCUACAGUCACAUUAAUCAGCUUUGUUUACCGUCUUCUGAUUAUUCAAGGUGUGUCAACAGCCAUCAAAAUCACCAGAUUGGAGGUCCCUACACCCCUGGCGGUGGGUGAUAGUGGGUGGCUCGAGUGUGAGUGGGCGGACGAGGGCGACCACGUCUACACCCUCAAGUGGUACCUUGGCAUCGACGAGUUCUACCGCUGGACUCCCCUCGAGACGCCCUCAGUGAAGGUGUUCCCCACUCAGCACUUCAACGUAGAUACCCAGUCGUCUCAGCGAGGGCGAGUCAAGAUACGAAACGUGACGGUAGAUGCCGGGGGGAACUACCGUUGUGAGGUGUCUGGAGAGGCGCCAGUGUUUAAGACCUCCUUCAGGUCCGCCAUCAUGACUGUUGUCGAUGUACCUGACGAUCGGCCGAUAAUUAGCAGUAAAGGGCGAGGACCUUACCGCCUUCAGGAGCAAGUUACCUUUACCUGUUCCUCUCACGACGCUAAGCCCGCCCCUCACCUCACCUUCUACAUCAACGAUCAGCCUGUUGAUCCAACGUGGGAGGAAGAUGAACACAUAUUCUUGAACGACACAACGUCCCUGGAGACGGUAGAGAAGACGCUGAAAUUCCGCCUUCGUCCUACCAUGGUUCAACUGGGUGUCCUGACAGUCAAGUGUGUGGCGUCCUAUCCUGAUCUGUAUUGGGAAAGCAGUGAGAGCGCCUUUACAGUGGACCAGCCCUAUGAUAGCGUUUAUGGGCAUAAUGGGUUUGUGAUUAUAGGGGGGGUGUCCAGGCCAGUAGGAUCCAGUCAUCUGCUGUAUUCCCUGCUGCUGCUGCUCCUGCUCGCCACCUUCCUCUUGUAGCUCUCUGCUCCUUUCUCUACUUCCCUGCUGUGAUAUUCUGCUGUGUCCAAGAUAAUUUCCUGUGCCCAGACCAACAGCCUUCGCUUUUCUGUUUGCUGUCUUCCCCGUCACUACUGCCUGUUAGCCUUCUGUUGUAGCCCACUGUUGUUGUUAUCUUCACUACUGUGACCUCCUGUUAUCAUUCCUCCAGUUAUAGUGUGUUGCCUCUUCUUUGUCUUUAUUCGUGUAUAUCACUUAUCUCUUCCUCUUUUAUUGCCACGUUAUUCAAUUCCUCAUUGCCUCCUCUGAUGAAGAUUUGCACUGCUGCUCCUCUUCUUAAGCUCUGAAAUUUGUAGAAUCUUUUGUUUUCAAGUCUCCUCCUCCCCCUCCCCUCCUUCCUCUUUCCCCUUCCUGCUCCUUUCCCUCCCCCUCAUCCUCCUCCUCCUCCCCCUCAUCCUCCUCCUCCUCCUCCCUUCCCCGUCUCCCCCACCUCCUCUCCCUCUUCUUCUAUCCUGUGUCCCCCCCCAAGGCGAGAAGAGGCAAUUGAAAAGAGGCGGCUGAGAAAGAUUACAAGAGUUUUGCAUAUUCUUCAUCUUGAUGCAGAAAUAACGUUCAUAAAUUAUGCAAGUUGAGGGAAGUUUGGACUCCAAAUAAUAAUAAUUCCCACCAAACGAGACGAUCCACAAAACUGCUGCUGCUGGUGGUGGUGCUGCUGCUGUUGCUGUUCUUGAGGCAGCAGAACCCUUUGUUGCUGCAGCCAGAUCUCUUGUUGCUGCAGCCGUAUCUCUUGUUGCUGCAGCCGUAUCUCUUGGUGCUGCAGCCAGAUCUCUUGUUGCUGCAGCUGGAUCUCUUGUUGCUGAAGCCAGAUCUCUUGUUGCUGCAGCUGGAGCUCUUGUUGCUGCAGCUGGAUCUCUUGUUGCUGCAGCCGGAUCUCUUGUUACUUCUGUUGGUGUUCUCGUGGUAACUGAACCCCUAUUUCCGGCAGUUGAUUUUGAUGCUAUGGGAACUCCUGUUGUUGCAGCUGUUAUUCCUGUUGAUGUGUGUUGCAGUAUCGCUUAUUUCAAUAUAUGCAGUACUGGUAUAUAUA